CCGUGAACUCUCCCGGCCUCUCUGAAAAUCUUCCCGACAUCAACCACCAUCCAAAAAAAACGUAUCUUCCAUACCUACCUACCUCUAUCCUCUCCGUCCUUGGGGCUCUCUGUUGACCUCCGAUUCGUGUAAUAUUCUUUCUUACUUCAACUCGAUUCUCGGGCCGCCGUCGUCCGUUUCUGCUUGAUACCCCGCCUCCCGGUCGCGACCAAACGCCCGUCUGUUGUUGCUUCAGCUGUCGGCACCAUCACCGCCCGGUUGCGCAUUUGUCGACAUUGACUUUCCACUUUCCACCACAUACUUGGCACCGCACUACGCCCGCCGUCAGCUACCUUUUACCCCUUCACGUGUAGCUUCCCAUUCGGCCUUCAGCUCUCCCUCCAUCCCGAUCCCCAACACCCCUCGUCCUCACCUGGUCGCCGAAGCCAGCAAAUACCCAACCUCCCCCAACGCACAUCUCAGUCUUCUGUAUUGAAGCCCUCUACCGGGAUGGCAUCUCAACCCCGUAAUACAUACAACGCCCCCGGGUUUCUGCCCAAUGGUGCCGCUCCUCAUCAGGGCCCAGUACCCGGCGCUACACCUCUCCUCCCGAACCAAGGCCGCAUUUUGGAAACUGGUCCCACCCGAGUUCUCUGCAUUGCAGAUGUUCGAGGUAACCUCCGGUCCUUGAACGAGCUCGCCAAGGCCGCCCGCGCCAACUAUAUCAUUCACACUGGUGACUUUGGUUUCUACGACGAAACAUCUCUCGAGCGUAUUGCGGAGAAGACAUUGAAACAUGUUGCCCAAUAUUCGCCCCUGAUUUCCGAGACCACCAAGAAGGCCAUUGCGCAAGCCGCUUCCGGCCCCGUCAAGAGCCGCUUCCCUGCUAGCGAGCUUCCUCUUUCCGAGCUGCCUCUCCUCAUUUCGGGCGAACUGAAGCUGGAUGUUCCCGUGUACACGGUUUGGGGCGCCUGUGAAGAUGUCCGGGUGCUUGAGAAGUUCAGAUCAGGAGAGUACAAGGUGCCCAACCUGUUUGUGAUCGACGAGUCUCGGUCGAAGCUCCUCGAAAUCGGCGGUGUCAAGCUUCGUCUUCUUGGUUUGGGCGGUGCUGUCGUUAUGCACAAGCUUUUCGAUAACGGCGAAGGACGGACUACGAUCGCUGGUGGACAAGGUACUAUGUGGACUACACUUCUACAGAUGGGCGAGCUUGUCGACACUGCUAAUCGCGUCUACGACCCUACCGAAACACGCAUCUUCAUCACCCACGCUUCGCCCGCUCGUGAGGGCAUCCUCAACCAGCUUUCGGUAACUCUCAAGGCGGAUUUCUCCAUCUCGGCUGGUCUUCAUUUCCGUUACGGAAGCUCGUACAACGAGUUCAGCGUCAACCCGACGUUGGAUCACUACCGUGGAAAGCUGGCCGCUAGUAAGGCAUCUUUCAACGAUGUGUGGGAAACCGUCCGCAGUGAGGUUGAGCCCGCGAUCCAGCAGAACGACGUCCAACAGACCUUGCUCAAGAACGCACUCAGUGUUGUUGAGAAGAUGCCUACGACCGCUGCUGGUGGAAACCCUUUUGGUGGUGCAGCUGCGGGCCAGUCGGCCGCCGCGCUCGGCCAAGUCGACGAGAGCGCCUUUAAGAACAUGUGGAACUUCAACCUUGCUGAUGCCGCGUUUGGAUGGCUGGUGCUGGAAAUUCAUGACGGAAGGAUUGGAACCGAAAUGAGAGCUCAGGGAUUUAACUUCUCCCAUCGCGGGGCUAAGCAGCCCGUGUAUGCGGCCCAGGGUGCCGUCCCGCCCUCGACCGGAGGGGCUAACCCCGUUCCUACUGGCCCCGCUGCCGCUUCUACACCCGUUCAACCCGCAGCGCAGCCCGCGCCUGCAGUACCUGCGGUCCCUGUUGUUCCCAAGCAGCCCCCCGCGCAAACUGCUAAGCCCGUUGCCCCGUCGCCGGCUCCGACACAACCCAAGGCGGCUACACCACAGCCUGCUGCCGCCUCGCCCGCAUCAAGAGAGUCUGAGAAGCCGGCAUCCGCUCCCACGAACGGGGCUUCCAAUAAUCCGGAGCCUACCCCUUCUCCGGCGCCCAAGAGCGCUGCAGAAAGUAUCAUUGGCCUCUUUGUCAUGCAACCACCGAACGAUGACGCCAUCCCUGGCCUGUUCGCGGAGGAGGAUAAGUCCAAGAUCGUCAAGGUCGAUAAGUGGGGCCAGAACAACAGAGUAGUCAUUUUCAAGACGGUCGAGGAUCGUGACGGUGCCUUGGAUCGCUUGCCUCAGGAAUACAAGUCUCGUGGCACUGGCUCGGACGACCGCUCGAAGCCGCUCAUCAAGGUCUUCAACCCUCCCUCGUCAAGACCGUUCAACACCCGUGGCGGCGCCGGUACGUGGGCCAGCAGCAGAGGUGGUCGAGAAGGUACCCAGAGCGGAUACCGCAGCGCUGGUGGCGGAACUGCUAGCGAUAGUGAAGGCGCUGGUCGUCGUGGAGGUCGCGGAGGUUCCAGAGGCGGCCGUGGUGGUGAGCGCAGCGGACGUGGCUCGCGCCGUGGGGGCUUGAAGGGUGACGGAAGCCCGGCUACGACUUCUGCUACCCCGGCUGACUCUUAGGACACGGAAGCUGUGGAGUUGAAAGUCGAGGACUCGAAGCAAGGUUCGGAGAAAGGUUCGAAAGAAGGUUUGAAGGCAAUUCUGAAGAAAGCCGGUGCCAGAAAAUCAGAACCUUUGAGAAAAUCAUCAGACAAUCCCGAAUCGACGUCGUGAGAUGCAGAUGGUUAAGUCAACCUUGUUCAAUGAGGGCCUGGCGUUGUUGGGGAAACGGUGCUUACUAGGGAUAGAUUUAACCCUGGCAAUGUUGUUCUGGACUGGGACUGAAGAAAUAGUGCAGGGGUUGUUUUAUCAAGUCAGGUUCAAGACAGGCUAGGUAGGCCACGUCGAACUGAGCUGAGCUUGCUGCGCGGGAGAGGAGAAGUGAAUGAGGGGAAAGCGAGAGGAAGAAAACAGCGUACAGUUUACCAUUACAAUUUCAAGAACCAAAACCAUUCUUCAGAGCUGUUCAUGUCUCUCGAUGCAGAUAUUGUAGAUGAUGCGGAUGGUGUUUCAGGUCGAGGUCUCCAAAAGGACGUUAGCGGAUUUGCUUACUUUGCUUUUUUCUUUUUAUUCUUCUUCUACCUUGUGUUCAUGUCUUCACUUAAAUUCGCUUUU